UGAAGUAAAAAUAUUGUCAUUCACGCAGCCUGCGCUAAACCGCUUUUUAGAUUAAACCCUAUGUUACAGAUUUUUAGAGAGGAUGAGGAAAUUCGUUGGUGGGGAGGGGACAGAAUGGCAAGGAUAAAACUCCAUCAGACUGGCGUAAAAAUAAGGUUUGUGUACACCAAACCGGAAGCGAACUCUGACCUUGCGCUGUUGCCAUGAAAUACAACAAUGGCGGUAAAAAGAUCGGGACGUAGAACAUAAGAAAGCAAAGUCUCCUUGCUUCAGUUUCAUAUAUAUAAGUAUCAAGCCAUCUUCAGUAGGAGGAGAAACUGCGUUAUUAAAUAUUCUUUGGAAUCAUGGCGAUGGAAAAACAAUACAUGUUGCGCGAGGUUCACACACGUUCCCUAACUGCUAUCGGUUACAAUCCAGCACGCAGGGAAAUCAUGGUUGGUUGCGAAGAUGGCUAUGUUAAAAUAUUUGAAGCAGAAAGUGGAAAACUUUUAGCAGUUUUACUUGAGCAUAAAGGAUGGGUCACUGACUUCUUGUACUGGACUGACGCGAAGGUGACAUUUUCUGCUAGUAUCGAUAGCUAUCUUCUUGCAUGGGGACCAGGAGGCAUGCUACAAGACAGGAUAUAUAUGUCAUUACCUAUCUACUGUCUUGCAUUCAACCCAAGGCGUCACCAACUUGUCUGUGGCUUAAAUGCUGGGAUUCGACUGUAUGCCUUGGACGAAGCUAAGGAAUGUGGACAUUAUGUCAAGAGCGCUGUGCUGUUCAUAGCAAAGGAGCACACGGAUAUUGUCUCCUGCAUCAUAUGCCUUGACGCAAGAAUCUACUCAGCUGGUUUUGACCAGAAACUUGUGAUCUAUGAUUACUCGUACGCAGGAAACAACAAAUUGGUUCCUGUUUUCAACAACCAGGUGCAUGAUGCUGGUAUCACCAGUCUGUUAAUGGCCAAGGAUAUUGAGAAUACCUGGAUUGUAACUGGAUCUUAUGAUAAGACGGUGAAGAUUUGGACUGCUGAGGGAAAGUUGAUUCACAAGCUGGACAAUUUUCCUUCCUCAGUGACUGGUGUUUGCUAUAUUCCACGUAACAAGACUUUAUGGGUUGCCUCAGGUGCAUCAUAUGCCUGGCUGUAUGAUCCCAAGUCAGGAGAUAAUGUCUCAGACUUCAUUGGUACAUUCCAAAACGUGGAGGAAGAGAAGUACCAGCUGCAGAUUCUCAGAUUUUACCCAGAGCACAACUUUGCUUUCGCCACCACUAACAGGCGUCAGAUGGUCAUUUGGAAGUACAAGGUACAGGCCUGUGUGACGGCUCUCAAGACUAGAACAUCUCUAGAGUGUAUAUGUUUCACCGCUCAAGAACCCAUCCUUAUCUUCACUGGGGACCAUGAGGGGAUCACCACGAAAUGGGAGCGCAUGCAGUCCAACCCCUUUUUAUAUAGCAAGGAGACACUUCAAGUGAGUGAUAACAAGAAAAGAAAGAGAGUUGGAACCAGACCUCUUGAAGAAUUUGAAAACAAUAACGCUCCUACAGUUUUUAUGAACGUUGGAAAAAACAAGCGCUCUCAAAGCCAGUAUGCUUUUGAUCAGAAGGAUAUUCCAACAGUGGCUGCAUACAAACAUGCUAAUGUGACCAUCAUGCAAAUGCUGUAUAUAGAGAACUUGGACUGUCUUCUAACUGCUUCAGAAGACAGCAAUAUAUACCUAUGGGGCUUGGAUGACAGUGCUGUGCAAGCACUGGAACAGAUGAACCCUGAUGAUGUUGACACACUUGUUGAGAAAUAUGGCAUUCUGUUAGACCCAAGUUCUGUCCUUCUGCCUCAAAAUGCACAGCCUAAGGCAAAGAAUUUUGUCAGCAAACGGGUGGCUGGUCUUUUGUGUAAGUGUGUUUUCGCUGAACAUAUAAGUUGCGUUUCCGCCCUUCUUCUUGUGGGCCGUGAUCAAGGACAGGAAAGCACUUACGUCUUGUCAGGUGGCUGGGACCAAAGGAUCUGUCUGUGGGACAUAGAAAAAUAUGAACUGAAAGCUGUAUUCGAGAACGUGAAUGAAGGAAAAGAAAACAAUCAGCUGGCCUGCGAUGGGAUAAUCACAGACAUGGCGUACAAUCCUAAAACCAAUGAGUUUGCAUACUCAUCAAGCGACAAAAUGGUGUAUAUACGCAAGUUUGACACCAGGGGCAGUCACAUGGUCUUAACCAACACCCUGCAAGGCCAUGAAGGGGAGGUAAAUUGUGUGGCUUGGAAUGACAUAUGCAGCAAGUGGGUCACAGCUUCUGAGGAUGGAACAGUUCGCAUCUGGGGAGGAUCCUUAAUGAAUCUGUGUGAGCAGGUGCUGAAUUUAAACAGUGCAAUCACCGCACUGUGCAUAGACUGCAAAGUUGGCUGCAUCAUCGUAGGUGUACAGAAAGAAAUAAAAGUGUAUGAGGCACAGACAUAUCAACUGGUACAGACUAACAAGGGCCACACUGACUCUGUUCGCAGUAUCAUACACAUCCCUGAGAGAGACCAGUAUGUGUCCUGCUCAUGGGACAAGACUAUCCGCAUAUGGAAUUCCUAUAAGCAGCCACGAUGGAAAAAAUCAAAGGCCACAAGACAGACUAAACACUCCCUGAAGCUGCCAAAAGACAUGAGCAUAGAGUCAGAAGGGCAGAGUUCUUUUAAUGAAGAAACAUCAGAAGAAACUAUGUCAAAAAGCAUCGAUUUGCCUCCUGUUAGUUUAGAUGUUAUGGAGGAGGAGUAAUAAAAUCAUUGCAGCUCUAUGGGCUGCAGAUGAAAUAAAGAGAUUGCAGCCUGUAGGGUGAAAGGAAUUCUGAAAAAGGAAGAAAAUGAAAGUGUGUACGUCUCUGUCUCAGGUUCUGCCAUUUUGCAGAGAAGAUACAAUUUACAUUGUGAAAUUCUGUAAUUUAUGAAUUCCAGGCAGAUCCAUUAGUAUGUAGCCAUCUUGUUUAUUCUUUAAUUUGAAAGUCAUCACCAGAACAUCUAUAUGUGCUAUAAAGUUAAAUAUCAUAUAUCAUAGAUUAUGGGAACCAACAUCAUAAUGUGCAAAAGUGGAAAUUUGACAUUUGGAAACAAGUAUUUAUUUGUAUUAUAAAAAUAACAGUAAAUCCAAAACAUAUUAAAUAUAUACUGGAAUUUAAAAUAUUUCAAACAGAAUUUAGAUCAGCUAGGUAAUUAAAAGAAAUGCCUAUUGUUGAUACCCAACAAUAAUUUUUUUCACAAAAUACAUUAUUUUAGGUAGAUACUAACACAAACUUGGUUGUUAGUUAAAUCAGGAAAUGUAAAUCAAAUGCUGUUCUCAUAAAACUUUUAAAUGAUGAAUGUCUCACAGGUUGAAAAGAUUUAGGUUAAUCAUUUACCAUUGUCAUCUUUCAAGACAAAAGUUUUUUAAAUACUUGAUCAUAGCUCCCUGAUGAUGAAGAAAAGAUGGAUGGAAUUGGAGUUUCACAGAAUAACAUGAAACAAAAUAUGUUCCUAGGAUGGGCAUAGCUGAGGAAAAGAAUAAUAUUUUUUUAAGAGCUUUGUAUGUUCAUGCAGACAACAUAAAGCUAGUUAUAAUGGUAGGGAAAAAAGUAAAGCAAGAGAGAAUUAGCAAUUAUCUGUUAAGGCAAUGAACUUUGGCAUUGCCUCUCAGUCACUACUUAAUUAGAUGUUGGCCAUGAGCACUGAUCAAAUUUUCAUGGGCACUUGAUUAACUCUGAAAGCUCUCGUUUCAAUCACUAAUUCCUAACACCUAGACGGUUGAUUCAUUCCUAAUGAAUUGCUCCAUGCAUUUUGCAUGUUGGCUCCAACCUUAUAGUAAGUUGAAAACAAAAUAAAUCUGUAUAACUUCAAUAGUAGAUAUGUUUUACAUACAUUUAUAUGAGCACACAGGGUUGGUUGGUUUGUUUGCUAGAAAAGUGGUUCCACCUUAUGGCGAGAGGGAGGGGAGAGGAAAUCGAAGUACCUGGAGAAAAUUCCAGAUUCCAAGCCCUGUGGACAGGCAUCACAUACAUAGAGUGUCCCAAGACAAGAUCUGAACCCUGAGAUGCUCACUGCAUGUCACUGUCACAAGUGCAGUGGUGAACAGUGAGUGUAUUAACCACUACACUACCGGGCGCCGAUCAUACAGGGAUUAUAUGAUUCCCUUAAAGUAAAUCUUUAAAUGAUUCAAGUUAUCAAAAGGUGUGGAAAAAUCCAAGGCAAAAAGGCCACAAGGCACAAAAUAUUAAAAAAAAUUCUCACACCAUCAUACAAGAAAUAUUUCAUGAUUAUUGAAAUUUUAAUUUCAGCAAACCUUUAUCAGGGUUUCAAAGGGGGAAAACUCCUUUAGCAGCAUUCCUAACUCCAUCAAAAGUUGCAUCCCUUUAAACUUUUGAUUGCUCACAAGCAGUUUUAACUCCCUAGACACUGGCGAUUUAUUUUCGCUUGACAACUAUAUUUGGAGAGGGGAUCCACUGAUUUAUGACUUGUACAAGUCAUCCUGCCAAAAGUGAAUCAAUGUUUCAUUGUCUCUUAUGCAGUUUUGUUGACUUUAAAUGCUUCCACCUGUUGGAAUUGUUUAUUGUUGAUGCUGUUUGACCUGUGAUAUUAGGUACAUUGUUGUUGUUGUCCAGUUAGCCUGUGACACGAGAGAUCCAAGGCUGUGAUUUUUAUGCUUGAAUUGUGUGAGAGCAUUCAUAUCUAUCAGAAAGAGGAAAGAAUGAGAUGUGAAAAGAACAUACUAUUUUAAGCAUGCAUGUGGUGUAAGAUUUGUCAUUUUCAAACAUAAUGCUUGAUUGCAGAGGCUGUUUCUGUCUUGAGGAUGUGCACCAAGAGUGACAGCCUAGGGAAAGAUGAUAAUGAAUGCUGUUUCACUUAUAUAAUAAUAUUUUUCUCUCACUUUAUAAUGAAUGCUGUUUCACUCUCACGGUAUAAUGUGCAUUUGAAGCAGGGUGCAGAAACUUUUCGCAUCUCAUGCUUCUGGAAUGUGGUCUGUUUUUGUAAGAGGCAUAAUUUGACAGAUAUCCUUACUCUUCACUGACCGAUGGCAGAGUGAAGGAAGCAAAUCUGUUUAUUCUGCAAGCCUGUGUAUGCCAGACACUAGCAACUAGUGUGGUUUAUGGUAUGCUGUAAUCUUUCUUUUCUCAGAAUAAAAGACUCAUGCAGCUGUU